UGAGCACAAGUGCUUCACUACUCAAUACAAGAGAGCAUAUAACGAACACUGGAAUAGCUUUAUUGAAAAUGUUAUGAUUUCGGUCACCAAAAUCAGAAACAGGAGAAUAAUGUCGUUGCUGGAGUCUGAGGUUGUCUCUGUUCUGGAGACACUCGUAAUGACAACGGUCAAUGAAAUGGCGAAAGUCAUGGACUCAUCAGGCAUACCUCCACAAACUACAGCAGACAAGUCUGUCACCCUGGACUUUACAACGCAGUUGAACUCUGUGCUAGAACGUAAUGCAAAGCAAGCUGUGGAGAAAAUAUGCCAGCUUUUCUCUGCACUUCUGCACAAAGAAAUGAUUCCAAGUGCACGUGAUGAUAUGAAAACAAGACUGAAGCAAGCUGAGAAACAGCACAAGACUGUACAAGGAGAGACUAAUCUAACUGACAGUGGUCUUCAAAGAAGUCAGUCCACUGACCUCACUCUAGUCUCUGCGGAGAAAAUCGCCAUUGUUGUGAGCUGGGGACAGAAGGAGAUCAUAGACACUGACCAUGUGAAAACAUCCACUAAAACACAGAAGACGGCAAUCAUUAGGGCAGAAAAGUCAGCGGAUUCUUCGGAAAACAGCAACCAUCCUGAGUUUGUGGUGUUGCAGGACAGUGAUGCUGAGGACACCAGCUGCUCGAGACUGCAAAAUACUAAAAACUCCUCUGUGACUCAGGAUGAUGCAAAAGCAUCUAGAAGUUUGAGUGUGUCAAAAAGCAGAGGUGUGCGGGUGAGCCGUCAGAAGAAAGGUAAAACACUCAGCUGUAAACAAUGUAGAAGGAAAUUUGACUCGGUUGUUCUGUUGAGAGCUCAUCAGGUCGUUCAUGUGGCGGCAGAGAAACCCUUUAGCUGCUCGCAGUGUGGUCGGCGUUUUGGAAGUAGAGGCAGUUUAGAUGUACACUACCAGCUUCAUACUGACAAGAGCCCUUAUGUUUGCAAUCAGUGCGGCAAGACCUUCACCGAACACAAACAGCUGAAGGGUCACCAGAGGAUUCAUAACGAAGACAAGACUUUUACAUGUCAAGUUUGUGGGAAGUCUUUUCAUCAAGCGUACUGUCUCAGGAAGCAUCUGGUCGUGCAUUCGGGAGAGAAGCUGCAUAAAUGUGACGUAUGUGAGAAGAGCUUCAACUUUCGUAACAACCUACUUCGCCACAAGAGAAUCCAUACUGGCGAGAAGCCAUUCACCUGCCAGACAUGCGGGCGAAGUUUCAACCAGCUCGAUUCGCUGAAGGCACACCAUCUAACUCACACCGGCGAGAAACCACACAAAUGCAAAAUGUGCAAUCAGGGCUUUGUCCAGAAGUUUCUGCUUCGGCUGCAUGAGGGAAAGUACGCAGAACAAAAUGGACACCACUGUUGUGUAUGCGGGAUAGUCUUGGGUUGCUUAAACACCCUAAAAAUGCAUCUGCCGAUUCAUGAGGGACAGUUGCCGGUCAAUUGUACAGUGUGCAACGAGACCCUCAGCUCCAUCAACACCUUGAAAUCUCACCAGCACAAACACACUGCGACUAACAAACACAGCUGUUGUUUGUGUGGAAAGUCCUUUCAGAGUGUGGCCGGUGUGAAAACUCAUGAAAGGGUUCAUACGGGAGAAAAGCCCUUUAUCUGUUCGGUGUGCGGGAAGACAUUUCGGCAGCAGAACUGCCUUAAGGCUCACCAGACCUCACAUAGCGGUGAAAAACCUUUUAGUUGUGACGCAUGCGGGAAAAGUUUUUCCACCUUGGGAAAUCUCCGUCGACAUCAGCGCAUACACACCGGAGAAAAGCCGUUCAAAUGCGCCGAAUGUGGGCGGGAAUUUAACCAGUCGAAUUCACUCAAAGCUCACAUGCAUAUUCAUACGGGAGAGAAGCAGUAUGUGUGUGACAAGUGUGGGAAGAGUUUUGCUUAUCUCAGAAAUCUGAGGUGCCAUAAAUGUGUAUAAAUUUCAAGGGAUCGUUCACCUGAAAAAGAAAAUUCUGUCACUCUUGAUAUGGUAAUGCAAACCCCUUUGGAGUGUACUGACUUUUAUUGUACACUCUCAGAAAUAAAGGUACAAAAGCUGUCACUGGGGCGGUACCUUUUCAAAAGGUACACUUUUGUACCUAUUAGGUUCAAAUAUGUACACUUUAAGUACUAACAUGUACCUUUAAGAUACCAAAAUGGACCCUUUAGGUCCAAACAUGUACCUUUGAAAAGGUACCACCCCAGUGACAGCAUUUGUACCUUUAUUUCUGAGAGUGUAUUGACAAAGACAUUUCUAAAAAAAUAUCUUCUUUUGUGUUCCAACAAAAAGUGUGUAAAUGAGUAAAUGAUGGCAGAAUUCAAGUUACUAAUUUAAGUUACACCGUUGAACUGUUCCAAAUAGACCAGACAGGGUUACGUGUGUCUUAAUUUCCAUAUGCUGAUUUCUUUAUUUAGAUAUAAAUAUUUCAUUAUAAAAAGAUCCUUUAAAAAAGUCUGUUUAGUGUACAGUUGAUCUUUAAAUUUAUGUUAAAUAAUCUGUAAAUACUUUGACAAAAGUCAACAUAUUAUCUAGUGAUCUAGUCUUUUAAUGUCUAUUUAAAUGGUUUGUCUUUUUUCUUUUGUUACCUUGUAGGGCUGUCUUUUUAAAAUGGGAAAUUAGUUGUUGUUUUUUUUACUGCACACAAAAAGCAAAAUGAAAAAGAACUUUAAUAAGAUUGUGGAUUGUGAUCUUGUUUUGAUCAAAUCAGAACAUCCAAUUAUCAACAAAAUGUUUCUUCUUAGGGAUUUUUUUCAGUUCACAAGCUAUCCCUUUAAGAUUGAGGACAAUCUUAAAGGGAUAGGUUACCCAAAUAUGAAAAUUCUGUCUUCAUUUGCUCACUCUCCUGAUGUCCCAGAUGUGUAUGACUUAUUUUUUUUUCUGUGGAACACAAACAGCUUUUUCGAAAAAAUAAUCCAUCUCUGUCAGUCCAUGUAAUAUAAGUGUAUGUUGACAUUUCAAAUAUCACACAAAAUGAACAUGACAGUAAUCCAUUAAAAUAAUGUCUUAUAAGACAAAACCAUAAGUUUGUGUGAGAAAAAUACUAUAAGCCAUCACUUCCAGCCAAUUGUCAUAUUCGCAUUCAUGAGUUCACCUAAAAGUUAGCAUGUUGUGAACCUCUUGCGAGAAGUCACGGUCCUCUGCUUCCACAUUGUUUCUCGUGUGAGCUUUCGUCAUUU